CGAAAGCCUGCGGGUGGAAGAACUGGCACUUAGGGGAGACAGCGAGGGGGAGGCGGCAGGAGCAGCAGAAGGGGAGGCGGCGGAGCGGCAGAGCAACAGUGACUCGCACUGGGGGACCGGAGAGUGAUAGACCGCCGGGGACUGCCCGGAGCCGCAGUAUGAACACCAGCCAGGCUAAGGAUUACCUGACGGACAGGCACAUCCCCAGGCUCUUCGAGAGCCUGCUGACCGGACUCAUGUAUUAUAGGCCAGAAGACCCUAUCAGCUAUAUGGAAAUGUGCCUGCAAAAGGUCCGGGAUAUAGGAGGGCCAGAAAAGGUUCAGUGGGACACUUUCCUAAGCCGCAAUCUACCUCCCAUUAAUGGAGGGCAGGGAAAGAAGACUCCACACAGGGCAGAAGGCCUCCCCGCUCCUCAGAUGCGGCGCUAUGAACGUCUGCCCCCCAUCCAGUCACAGUUUUCAAUUGAUAGUGAUUCAGACAUGACAGAAUCUUCUGGUCUCAUCCAGGAAUAUGAUGUCUUUGACCCUAACAGGGAGAGACCCAAAAUCAUCUUUGUUAUUGGCGGUCCUGGUAGUGGAAAGGGAACACAGAGUACAAAGAUGGCUUCCCACUUUGGCUUUAUCUGCGUAUCUGUCGGUGAUAUUCUGCGCAAACAACUAAUCCACCAUGCCAGUAGUGACCGCAAGUGGGAGUUAAUAGCACAGAUUAUCUCCAAGGGAGAUCUCGCUCCUCCGGAGACAACAAUUGAAGAGCUGAAGCAGCAGUUCAUCAAUCAUCAGGAUGCGACUGGUUUUGUUGUUGACGGCUUCCCAAGGGACAUUGGACAAGCAUUUACAUUUGAGGAGCAGAUUGGGUCACCGGACCUGGUGAUAUUCCUGGCUUGUUCAAGCCAACGUCUGCGGCAGCGAUUGGAAAGGCGAGCCUCUCUGCAUGGCCGGCCAGAUGACAAUGCUCACGCCAUCGACAGGAGACUCAGUACCUUUAAGCAGAAUCUUCCCUUGAUUGUCAAGUAUUAUCAGGACAAAGGACUUAUCGCCAGGUUUGAUGCAGACAGAGAAGAGGAUUCUAUAUUUGAGGACAUUUGCUGUGCUGUGCAAGGGCUUCUUUUCCCAAAUGGCCUGGGGGUGCAAGAGUUCUCCAUGAAAAGUUUUCAUGCAUCUUGUUCUGAGGACUGCAAAGAACAGCAGAAAGAAGUGGAAUUACCAAAACAGAAAAGAGAACUUGAAGUACCACAACAGGAGAUAGAGGUAGUCUUUUCCCCAGAACACACAGAAAUGGCAGAUAAACUUAAAAACAGCAAAAUCAUCUUCGUGGUGGGUGGACCAGGCUCUGGCAAGGGGACACAAUGUGAGAAAAUUGUGCACCAAUAUGGCUACACUCACCUGUCUACUGGAGACCUGCUGAGGGCAGAGGUGUCAUCUGGAUCAGAACGGGGGAAGCACCUAUCCGCCAUCAUGGAGAAAGGAGAGCUGGUACCAUUGGACACAGUUCUGGACAUGUUGAAAGAAGCCAUGAUUGCCAAAGCUGACACCUCCAAGGGAUACCUCAUAGACGGUUACCCUCGGGAGGUCAAGCAAGGAGAAGAAUUUGAGAAGAAGAUUGGGCCUCCCUCAUUGCUGCUGUAUAUUGAUGCUGGUUCAGACACUAUGGUCAAGAGAUUACUGAAGCGUGGGGAGACCAGUGGCCGAGCAGAUGACAAUGAGGCUACAAUCAAAAAGCGUCUGGAGACCUAUUAUAAAGCUACUGAGCCAGUAAUUGCCAUGUAUGAGGGAAGAGGCAUUGUCCGAAAGAUCAAUGCAGAAGGAAGCGUAGAUGAUGUCUUCAAACAAGUCAGCACUGCACUAGAUGCCCUGAAAUAAGCGUUUUAUUGAGGGAAAUAUGUCUCAUAUCUGUCUUAAAGCUUCUGGUCUUUGAAUUCUUUAUUCUGACACAUUUCAUGCAUUCGUGUCAUGGGUUUUACCAACAUUUGGGACAUAAGACUUACUAGGGUUUGGUGCCUGGGGCUGGUAUCGUCGGUACACAAUGGUAAAAAGUCCUUUUGAGGACAGGAACGGUCAAUAAACACUUUUCGCAGCUAUGGAGGAGUGCAAUUUUUUCUCUAUUUACUACAAUUAAUUAAUUGAUGAAUAACCAAGGAUGAUGACACAAAUGUAUAUAGUGUGUUUGCUUUAUCAUAUCAUCAGCUGCCUUUUGUUGAGGCAAGAAUGUGCUAUGUUCAAAGCUUCUCACAUUCAUGAAAUGAAAUUACAGUAGGAAAGUGUUGCUUUACAAUGAAUAAAAGUCUACCUACAUCUAGAUCAGUGCUGUUGAUAAUGGAAGCGUGUUUUAAACACUCCCCUUUUUAAAACCACACCCAUUUAUAUUAAUGGUGGUAGCGCAUAAAAAAGAAAACAAAUAAUUGGUGCUCACUGCAGGGAUAUCACCCUUUACUUAUAUGGGGCUUGCAGGUGUGAAUACUAUGAAAUUUACAGGUGUGAACAAUACAGGGGAUUACAGCCUGAAUCUGAGGUGUGAGCAAUGCAGGGGGACAGUUAAUCUUAGUACUGAUACCAUUUAAAGCUUACACAAAGGUAAGCAGUCACAGCAGCCAGACAAAUGAAGAGCUACACAAGAGGGGCCAGAUGCGGCCCGUGGGACGCCUGUUGGACAGCACUGAUCUAGAUAGCAACAGGCUACAUUUCAACUUCAAACAGCAAGUCAUUUUUCCAGGUUAUCUAUCUAUCCUUGCACAGACUGCUUACACCACCACAAACUGUCAGCUACAUUGUUCAUCUUUUUGUCUAAAACAAUUGGUCUGUGAACAUGCACCACUGAAUUUGAUAUGUACAGUUCAUGUGCCUCUUUUUAUUUGUCUCUAUGUUUAUUGGUCUUAAUAUAAAACACUAAUUUCA